UCAAAAUGGUAACAUGCGGGUUUCAGAAGCUGCAACUCUGAGCAUCAUGAGGAUACUUUUAACAUGAAAAUACCACUUGCGUUAGCUUAGCCUUAGUUUGAUUAAUCGUCCUUUUUUCGUUUCUCGAAUAUGUCCGUGAACGCAUCAAAGCACGAGCUGAUCCAGCUGAUCUACCGCCACUUGAAGGAGCAUGGUUAUCGCUCAGCUGCAGAUGAGCUACAGAGGCACAGCCCACAGGGGGAGACCAAAAUAUCAGUAUCGCUACUUGACAUCUACACAUCAUGGUUGAAUAACCCAAAAAAUUCAGCAGAUCAAGGAAGGACUCCAACUAAAGCAAAGUCGACAACAUCAAAAAAGAAAAAGGACACAACUGCAAAAAAGUCCGUUCCAGCAAACAAGAAAAAAACUGAGGGAAAAGCUGCAAAAAAAGUCACAGGGGAGAAGAAAUCAAAGAGCCGAACAUCAGACAAAGUUGUGACUGCUGGUGCAGAUGAUUCAGACUCUGACAGCAGUCUGGAUGUGGAGAAGUGGAAGAAACUGCUCCAACAGAUGACAGAUGCCGACAUAGUCAAGAUGAAUGCCAUCAAUGCCCUGGACUCCUCUGCUCCUCAACCCCCGAAAAAGAGAGUCAGGAAACCCCGGGCUAAGGCUCCGGCGAAAACUGGAACCCCAGUUAAACCGAGUAACGGGACAGUGAAACACAAUGACGAAGGUGGCGAGAAACAUGUGACUGAAAAAAAAACAAAGAUGAGCUCGACGGAGAAGAAUGUGACAAAAAAUGUGACUUCUGUCACCUUAAGCACUCCGAGCCAAAAGCAAAACCUCUCAUCUCCAGCGGACAAACAAAUAAAAAAGGACAGGGAAACUGCAACUCCCAGUGAACAAACAACUGAUGACAGAACAUCUGAGCCCAAGAAGAAGAAGAAAAAGAAGGAGAAAAUUGCAGACAAGGAGGAAAAGAAUGAGACGGGUGAAGAUGGAAAAGAGGAAUGUGGCGAAGAGACGAGAAAGACCAAAGACACGAAGCAGGAGGAGGCUAAAAAAACUCCAAAGGUGAAUAAAAAGGUGAAAGAAACCAAAGAUGAUGCUGAAAGAAAUGAGACAGUCACGACUGAGACAAACACAAGAGGGAACGCUGACGAGAAAACCCUUUCAGAGUCAACGGUACAAGAAAAGAAACAGAAGAAGAAGAAGAAAGAGAAGGCUGGUAGUGAGGGAAGUUUGGCACAGACUGGAAAUUCUGAGCAGGUAUCUGAGGAAGUGAAAAAUAACAGAGAGAGCAAACAGGAAGAAAACAACCAAACCUCAGAGCACAUAGCAGAAGAAAAGAAAGCCAAGAAGAAAAAAAAGAGGAAAACAGAGAGUGAGGAAAAUUCAUUGACAUUUGAAAGCAUUUCAAAGCAAAAGACUGAAGACAUAGAAAAUAAUACAGAGCAAAAAACUGAAGAAAUUGAGACUUUAGAGCAGACGUCUGUAGAAAAGAAGGCAAAGAAGAGGAAAAGGGACUUUCUUAACGGUGAGGAAAAUCCAGAACAAGGACUGCGGGAAAAGAAAUCAAAGAAGAAGAAAAAAGAAAAAGCUGAUGAAGAAAGAGAGCAGGUAGUUGAGGAUAUAAUAGAUAAUAAGGUAGAGGAAACAACAGAGCAGGUCAAGAGUGUCAAGAAGAAAAAGAAAAAUAAUCCCGCCAACACAGAGCCGCUGCCUCCACCUGACGUAGAGGCAACGAGUUCUCCAACGGAGAAGAAGAGAAAAAAAAGCAAAUUGAAAUCAGCCGACAUCCCAGAAAUACCUGUAGAUUCAAUCCAAGACGCCACGGCGACAGAAACCGCCUCAAGCGACUCCCACAAAAAGAAGAAGAAGAAAUCGUCAAAGAAUCAUCAAGAUGUGUGACUCGUCAUCCCGCAGACCCAGAGGACGAGGGUCACAUCACGUCCUCCGAUUUCUGAUCAUGUACACUGAUCAUAUAUCAGUAGUUAGAAUAUGACUUAAAACUUUAAAGAUCUGUCGUUUAUAUUUUUGGUACAUUUUUAUCUUUUUAUGGGUUUUGGGUUUGUGUUUUUUUACUUAAGUGUUUCUACGGUAGCUGCCAUUUUCACGGCACGCACAUUUCGUGGUUGUUUUGGGGAACUGAUGAUCACCUGUUGAAAUAUUUCUGCCUCAUAGUGAAAUUCAGAUGGGGUUUAAUUGAGUAACGUCUGUUUUUAUAAACAUGAAUUCUGUUUCGCUCUCAGGAAUUUCCCUCGUGAUAAUCCUGAGCUAGGUUCUCUAAACCACCUUUCAUAUUUUUAUGCAGAUUUAAGUUGUAAAAUGAAGUGAAACUGUGUGAUUCUGAUUAAGAGGUUUACUCCUGUCCUAUAGCUGUCUUUUGGUAUUUCGUUAAAAAAAAUGACACACUUUUUUUUAACCAGAUGUAUAUUUAUUCAAAUUGACAUGUCAGCUGUUCUAUCGUGGGAAAGGAGGGGAAAUUCUAUGUGUGUGAUGAGCAUUAUUUUUUAAAGUUUUAAAUGUUUGAUAUAAAUUUUCUUAUAUAGAUUGUAUAUUAUGCUUUUAAUACAAAUUAAACGCCAUAGUUUUUUUUGGUUUUUAUCAACUGUACCCGUCCCAAGUCUUACAUCUGGUAAAUCCUGUUCUUUGGGCACACAAACACUGAACUUCUUACAAAUUAAGGGAAAAUGCUUGACUCGAUGAGCUCUGGAGAUUGUGCUGUGCUGUAGGGGACACUCUAUAUGUUUGUACGUGUC